GUCUGCAGUGGUUCUUACUUCCACGUCCAAAUGAUUUAAUUAAUCAUUCUACAAUAAGCAGCAGGCACAAUAAUGUUUGUUUGAAUUCAUGUGCUUGUAUUAUAGAUAUUAGCAAUUAUAGAGUGUUAAGUGAUUAAUUUCUAAAAACCUGUAUUAAAUGUUAGAACAUCAGUCGCUUUCAAAGAACUCCAAUGGGCAAGGAUCAGCAUUUACUCGAAGCAGCUCGCAAUGGGGAUAUAAAAAUCGUUGGCAAAUUGUUGGAGCUGACGACCAAGCGGUAUGGCCCACUGUCCAGUUUCCGUCGCAGCCCCAAUAUCAACUGCCAGGAUGUCAACGGUUACACCUCGCUGCAUCACGCCUGCCUCAAUGGACACAGCGCCAUUGUGCGCCUGCUGCUGGCCCACAAUGCACAGGUAGAUGUGCCCGAUGUGCGCGGCUCGACGCCGCUUUUCUUGGCCUCCUGGGCUGGCCAUCAGGAUAUUGUGAAAAUGUUGCUCUUUCACAGCCCCAUGCCGGCCAAUCCCAACGCACAAACAAUUGAGAACGAGACGCCGCUGCAUUCGGGCGCCCAGCAUGGACACAAUGCCGUUGUGGCCAUACUCCUGUCAUAUGGCGCUGAUCCCACCAUACGCAACAAUAGCUUUCAAACGGCUCUAGACUUGGCUGCCCAGUUUGGACGGCUGCAGGCGGUGCAAACGCUGCUGCGCGUAGAUCCCGAUCUGAUAGCACCCUAUCGUCGUUAUGUGGAGGAUGACAACCUGUCCGAGCUGCUUGGAUAUUCCAAUCAUAACGCCACGCCCACCAAGCACAUCUUCACGCACACUUGCCUGCAUCUGGCCAGCCGCAAUGGUCACAAAAAAGUGGUAGAAACGCUGCUCGCGGCUGGCGUUGACGUCAACAUACUCACCCACGCGGGCAGCGCGUUGCAUGAGGCAGCGCUCUGCGGCAAGAAGUCGGUGGUGGUUACGCUACUCAAAGCUGGCAUCGAUGUGCAUGCCACAGAUGGCAAUGGACGCACUGCACUCGAAAUACUCGCCGACUAUCCGCCACACGUCACCUACGAGAUUGUGGCCGUCAUCAACGAAUUUACAAAUUUGGCUGAGGCGCAGCUGUUGCGCAGAAACCAGACGCAGCUGGUCAACCAUCUGGUUAUGGAGAAUGGAACCGAAUCUGCGCUGCCCAAGCGUCUCUAUGAAAAGAACAUACAGCGGCCGAAUCAAGCCAAGCUAAGCGAUCAAUCGAAGCUGAGGAAAAAGCAAGACCAUCCACCAAAUGGACUUUCGCACUCUUUAAGCUCUUUGGACAAUUACACCAAACGGCCAGCAAAUUAUUUGGACAUGAAACCCAUACGGCCACAAAAGUCGGUGAAUGAUGUGCACAAUUUGGAGCCGCGCCAGGAGCUGUGGAUCAGCUAUAAGCCCGUCUAUCAGCAGCCAUACCAAAGCGCUCUACUUCAGUCGAGCAAUAGUUUUUCAAAUGCUUCCAUACCCUCUCGUUCCUAUGAAUACAUUAAUCUGCUCAAGCCCAGCUCCAGCAGCGAGGAGCAGAGCCUCAACAGCACAAGCUCUGCAACGCCCCAACGAGCUGCGCCUCAGUAUGUGGAAAUGAAGCUGCAAUCUCCAGUGCCCAUGCCACGCACUCACAUAAAUACUGACUACGAAAACCUAAAGCCCAGGAUCAGCGAGCGUGUGAUGUCCAGCUCUCAUAUAGAUAGCAAUAAUAAUAACAACAACAAGAUUGUUUGUCAUUCGCCCACGCCCGACUAUCCGCCACCCACUGUCGUUGAGGCCGAGACGACAAUUUUUAGUUUCAUGCAGCCGCCACGCCUGGACGACUCCACGGGCACAACGAACUCAUAUUGCUCGGAUCAUGUGGAGGAAUUUGUGGGUGACAUGCCCUUUGCGGGACUCUUUAAGGGCUCUACUUUGAAUUUGGCACAGGACGUGUUGGAUGGACGCGGCCUGCGUUCGCCCAGCAUGGUGAGAUCCGUGAAUGCGCUCAAUCCACGACGCAGUCUGUCCAAGCAGCGCUUCUCCACAACUGGCGAGGAUUUUAGCGCCUCACGCGUCUGGGCUGAGAUUGAUACUAUCUUUGAGCAUAUCGGUAAUGAAGUAUCCACGGUGGAAAAGGAACAGGAGCAUGAGCCUGAGCAGGAGCCGGAUACGAAUGAGGUGGACAUGGAGCAGCAGUCGGAUCUGCAAAGUAAGCUAUUACAGCCAAGCUCUCUGGAAGAUCACAGACAAUCGCUACACAUACGCAAUCCAGAGGAACUGCUGCUGGGUCAAACACCGAGUCCGGCUUCCCAUUGGUGCCAUUCGCCCUAUACGCUCGUCUACGGCGAAAUACGCUACUCCGUUUAUUAUCUGGGCUCAACUGUCAUAAGGGAGCUGCAGGGCACCAUUUCGACGCGCAAGUCCAUUCAGAAGCUUAAGAUCGAUGAAAAACUGAAGUCAGCAUCAAGUGUGAGUGACAUUAGUCUGCUGGAAAACUGCACCACGUCGACAAAGUAUCUCAAGGCAGCCAAUCUGCAGACGCGUCUCAAGGUGGACAUUGCCGCCUCCUGCCUUGGCGUCAAGUUUAUAGAUCAUGAGUCAAAGACUGCCAUCUGCUCGCAUAAUAUUGAGAACAUCAAUUGUGUUUGCCAGGAUGCGGAGGACAUGCGUUACUUCGCCUAUAUAACCAAAGAGCGGGAUCUGCAUUACUGUCAUGUCUUUAUGGUUGACAAUUUGGAGCUGGCCAACGAAAUAAUCCUGACUCUGGGCCAGGCUUUUGAGGUUGCCUAUCAAUUGGCCCUGAGCAGGCAGAGCACACCUUUAAUACAGAGCGAUGAGUGCUAAACCGUGUGCCACAAGCAUUAUGCAUUAUAAAUCAUAUUUAAUCUUUACGCCAUUUGUUUUGUAUUUUUCUAUUUGACUUGCUAGUCGUUGAUGCCAUCAUAAAACUGUCAUUAUUAUUUUAAA